AUGAUUACAUAUUUGUUCAGAAUUCGAAAGAUUGAAAUCUUGAUUGAUAUACAUAUUUGUGAAAAAGAAAAAAUUAUGAUUCCAUUAUUUAAUUUUCUUUGUAAAUAUUAUUCCAGUUGUUCAUGAUUCUCAAUUCCAUAUUGGUUGUUAGGUCUUUUCUCAUAGUGGUCAUAAAUUCUUACCACAUUAUUAGGCAUAAAAUAAAUAGCAAUUAACUGAAAUAUUGGAUAGAUUAGAGAAGAAUCCAUUUAUGAAGAGAUGUUAUAAUGCUUCUUGUGAUUUAGCUGAUAGAAUGAAGGCAUUUGGAAUUGUCAAUAUUGAAGAUUUUGAAACAUUUGAUAUUAUUACACAAGAAUUUGUAUAAAGAAAAAGUUUUGAAUUAUUGAAGAUAUUGUUAACAGUUGAUGAUGAGAUAUUUACGAAAGUGUGUUCAGAAAAAUAGGAUGUUGUUUAAUAAUAAGAAAUUACUGAAUAAUAAGGUGGAGAAGAAGAAGAAUAAUAAUUAUAAGAAGGUGAAGAAUGAGAAUAUGGAUAUGAAUAUGUAUAUGAGGAAGUUGAAGAUACAGGAGAAACUAAUUAGACUGAAGAGAAUACUUAAUAAUUAUAAUAAUUAUAAUAAUAAUAGAAACCAAAAUCUAAAUAUAUUUAUACAAUUGAAAUCGAUGAUAUCAUAAAUUAGAUUUACGAUAAUUGGGUGGAAAUAUGGCUAAUAGAUUCUUAGGUGGUUGUUUAAUUGCUGUAAAUAAACCAAUAGAAUUCAUUAGAUCCAAAUUCCAUAAAUUACUCAAGAAAUGUGCACCUGCUUCAGAAUAUGUCAAAUAAUAUCUAAAAUAACAUGAAUAUUUGUAGAAAGAAAUACAGAUCAAGGAAACAGAUAUAGUUAAUAAAGAUGAGAGAUCUAAAUAAAUAUAAGCAUUGUAAGAAGGUAUGAAAUUGACAAUUGCAUUUCCUGAUUUCUUGAAAAUAAAUACAUUGGAACAUUAUAAAGUAGUAAAUUAUUAUUAUUUAGAAAUAUGUUACUAAAAUGACCCUCUCUAUUUAGAAUAAUAUAGAGCCAGAAAGGCAUUCUCACUUGAGGGAAUUAAUUAUCAACUUAAUAUCCCUGAUGACAUUAUGUUAUAUCUCUUCUCUGGUAUUACAGCCUUUACAGAAAAAGUAAUAUUAUAUGUAUAUCAACAUUUAGUAAUCUGAAUUGGAUAUUGAUUAUUAUGAAGAUGUCUUAAAGUUGGCAUCUAAUGGAUAAUUAGCUUUGAUUAUUUCUGAUAAUUCUAUUUGUUAUGGUGUCAAUUAUCGAUUGAAUCAUGUCAUUGUCUUUGAUGAAAUGGCUGAUAAGAGAUCAAUAGGUGCCUUGUUUUAAUUGAUAGGAACUUGUAUAUAAUUGUGAAUAUUAUAUUUUAUAGGUCGUGUUGGUGUUUCAUGGACAGCUAAUGCAUAUUUGGGUGAUAAGACAUUUGAUAGAUUGAUUAAGUAUUUGAAUGGAUAAAAUGAUGAGACUGAAAGAUGA